AUGGCCAACGUGGAACAGACACUUCAGGAAGUUUCUGCCGAUUCUUCCAAAGAUCAAUCCAAUUCCAGUAGUAUUACUCAAGUAAAUCCCAAGGUUGAAAUUUCUAAAGAUGAGGAAGCUCUUAUUAUCAGGAUGUAUAAACUACUAGGGGAUAGGUGGCAAUUAAUUGCUGGAAGAAUUCCUGGACGAACAGCUGAAGAUAUAAAGAAAUACUGGACUUCAAGAGACUCUUCCACUAGCCAAUCAAAUGUCAAAUAA